AUGAGUAGGCUAUCGUUUCGACCUCGUCCAUUGGACAUACACAAGAAGCUUCCGAUUUUGAAGUCUUUUAAAGACUUUGAAGAUGAAGACAAUCCUUCUUCCAUCACUAGAAACUCUCAGUUGCUGCGUAUAGAGGUUGACAACAAUGAGGUGCAUCCUCCUCCUCAAGUGACUAGCAAGAGACUGGCUUCGGAGAUACCAACGCCUCAGUUUCUUGUUGUGGAUACAUAUGAAAGAGACUACUCUAGGACUUUUAAUCAGCCUGCUUCCUAUUUACGUGCUCGUGGAGCUCGAGCUGAGCUUGGAGAGUUUGUGGAGUAUGAUCUUGACAAUGAAGAUGAUGACUGGCUUCACGAGUUUAAUAAGGAGACAAUGAUUCUCUCACCUGAAAUGCUUGAGAGCAUUAUUUUUAAGCUAGAGGUACUUGAUCAUAAGGCGCGUGAAAGAGCUGGUGUUAUUGCUCCUACCCUUGGUUCGCCAGUUCUAGUGCUUUUGCAGUUUGAUGCUGCUCUUGAGGCGCUGCAAUCUUUGCCCAUCAAAUAUGGAGUUUUCCAGGCCUUAUACAGUUAUUGGAAGAAUAAGCGUGAAAGAUGGCAGAAGCCUAUUUUGCGGCGUUUACAGCCUCCACCACCGGUCAAUGAUACCAAUCCGUUCAAUGUGUUUAGGCCUAGGGAGAAAGCUCAUAGACUUCACACAAGAAGGAUGCAGAGAAGAGAAAACAAUGCUCAGUCAUUUGAAAAGCUUCGACAGGUCAGGCGCAAUCUUGAGCAAGCAAAGACCAUCCUAGAAGCUCUAAUUAAGAGAGAAGAGAAAAAGAGGGAUUUCAUGGCAAGUGAGAUUAACCUUCAGAGAAUCCAACUCAAAUACAAGCAUGAAACCGAACUCUUGGAAGAUAGUUUGGCUCUGUCUGGGUUUCCAAGCGAAGAUGAGUUUAUGGACUCAGAUGACCCAACCACCACCCAAACACACACAAGGCCUUCCUUUACACCUCACCCUCGUUUCACCGACUCAAAUCUCGCUCGAGCUCAAGUCGGGAGCGUAAAGCAAGAAGCUAGAAGACACGGAUGGCUCCACAAACUGAAUCGUAAUGAGCCAGUAAUGCUUUUUACAAAACCGUUGGUCCUCGAUAAACUGGCUGCUGCGGGAAUCAUCCCUCCGGCGGAUUCAAGAGGCGGAAGAGCUCGGUUCGGCGGGAGGAUAGGCCGAGGCGGUCGGAUUGUGUUUGAUAGAUGGAAUCCUCUUAUGCAAACCCACAUUAACUGUGGCAACUCUUUCUACAUAGCACCAUAA